CGACAGAAACAAUUAGAAAAAGAAGCCGCAAAGAAGGCAGAAGCAGAGGCUAAAGAGGCUCGAAAAGCAGAAAUAGAGCAUCAGAAACGGCGUGCUCAAGAAGCCAAAGAAGCAAAAAAAUUAGAGCAAGAAGCCCUAAAGAAAGCGGACGCAGAAGCAAAAAAGGCUGAACCUAAAAAGAAAAAAUCGACCAGCUCCAAACCCGGAAAGUUGGCAAUUACGCCACCACAAGCAGAGAUCAGUUCAUCUGUGGCGUCAUCUACAUCUUCCAAAAAGGUUCAUUAUUUAGAUGUUGAUUCUGAGACGGUGCCACUCGGACAACUCAAAAAACAACGUAGAACAGAAGUUACAGGCUCAAAGCAAACCAACCGUCCUUCUCCAACGGCAAAAAAGAGAGUUCCGCAUAGCUAG